UGAAUUCAUGGUGUUUGUGAAUUCAUGGUGUCAUUCAAGUUUUCGUAACUAUAGUGUUCCUAUAUGUGUGGGUAUAAGGGAACAGUAUUUUAAGUUUGGGUAUAAGGGGUAGCAACCAGAUAUAAGUGGGGACUUGUUACCUUUUUGUUCCACGAAGUUACAGGAUCAAUGGAAACCUUAUGAAAGAUUUAAAAAUCAAAUCUCGACUGUGUGAGAUGCAUUGUGAAAAUGGGCCAAUAAAAAAACUAAAAGCAACAAUAAAGAGGGCCCUUUGCAAAAUGGCUCAAGAAAAUCCCAAAAGCUGGGAUAAACACGUGGACAAACUCAUGUUUACAUUAAGAACAAAAAUAAAGAGUUCCCCCUUUCAAAGACUAUUUGGACAUGAGGCACGCCACCCAUCAAAAGUCCCUAAACACUUUAAGGUUGCCAGUCCGGCAUUAUCAAGCCCGUCGUCUGAGGAAUCCCCAUCCAGCCCAGCGUCUGAGGUAUCCCCGUCCAGCCCAGCGUCUGAGGUAUCACCAUCUGACCCAACGUCUGAGGCAUCACAUAUGUCAGACACGUCCACCACUCCAGCUGCUGGAAAUACAUACAUCGUAACACCAACAGCCACCCAUGAUCCAGCUGAAUUUCCAAUUUGCUUGAAAGCAAUAGAUUCAGAAAUCAUUAACAGACAUAUCGAUGAGGCCUGGGCUGGAAAAAAAGUCCAGGUGUUACUAUCGAAGAUUGGACCAUACAAAAUAUUUUAUUUUGACAUUUAUAACAUUUCAUCACAAAAACAACUUGAAUGUGAAGUCAUGAAUGGAUACAUGACAAGUGUAAUUAGAAAUCUAAAUGAAAAUUCUCCCAAAAAAGCAUUAUUAAUUGAUUCAAAUGAAAUGACAGGGAUAUGGAAAGGAAAUGCUUGGAAGCUGAAGAUUGACCUCACAACGUACAGUUGUGUUUUAGGCUUUGUGAAUGAUCACAAUCACUGGACUGUUGUGGUAAAUGGAACACUUUACUUUAAAAAGACUUUCAAGAUUUUCUAUGAUUAGAUGCAGAUAUGGAAUGCAUUAUGAAUUAUGUAUAUUGUAUAAUGCUUUUAUCAUAAAUGUUUCGGUUACAACUGUAACCUCAGUUCCCCGAAUAGCGGAACGAGACAUUACCAUAUGGGACUCCUCCCCCUUCUGGACCCUUGUGAAGUAGUAUAGGCUCACGCCAGUGUCAAUGCACUGGACAAUUGCCCUGUGGCAUGCAUACAUCUAAUUAAAGCAGCGGCAAUUCCGUCAGAAUCUAACCGAACGCUGACAGAUAUGCUGCGUGCACGGCGAGGUUUGGUAAUGUCAAGUUCUGCUAUUCAGGGAACCCAGGUUACAUUCAUAACCGAGACAUUUCCCAUCACUGCUUCACUCAACAUUACCAUGUGGGACAAUAAUAAAAUCCUACCGUGGGCACGGCACAGACAAGGAAUGACUCUGUAUACACUUUUAAUAGCAAUAUCGACCCCAAGCUUCUCUACGCUGUGCUGAGAAGCUUGGUCAGUGAUAAGUCAAUUCAACCAAUGAGCAAGCAGCACCCAUGCUCUAAAAAAAUUGCAUACUGAGGGAAAUACGUACUACACUGACAGGGUUGGCAAAAUAUAGUAGUAUACUAUAAAGAUAGUAAAGUGACACUGCCGAAGCAGGGACAACUGUACCUAAUAAGAACAGAAGGUCUUAUUAACUAUCACACAGCUCAUGCUUAAAAUGCAUACAGAGGAAAAGACACUGCUGCACUAGUAGGGCAGGCUAAAAUAGAAGUAGAAAAUGUGUAUGCCAGCACAGUGAUCUUGCCGAAGCGGGGCUUACUGUAAUUGUUCCCUGAAAAGCACUCUCAGAACUAAAGAAUGUAUAUCCAGUUUAUGGAAUCUGGCUAACGUGUUCUGAGAAGACCAGCCAACCGUGAAACAGAUCUCCUGAAUAGACGUACCUUUUGCCCAGCUCCACAAAGAGGCGAUGGCCCUAAAAGAGUGAGCUCGAACUUUAAGCGGGCAUUCUUUACAUUGGCUCGAAUUUGCCUUCGCGAUAGCAUGCACAAUCUAGUGAGAGAGUCUCUGUUUGGAGACAGCUCUUCCUUUCGCGCAGCCAACAUAGCAAACAAAAAGCAGGCUAGCCUUGACAAAAUGCAGCUGUGCGUUCAAUAUACUCCCUUAAGGCCUUAACUGGGCAGACAGCAGGCUGAGCUUCAGCACUCUGCGAGGACAAUAGAACAAUACCAAUGGCCGUACGGAGGGAGGAUGUAGCCUCCUUGCUCCUCUGAGAAA